UUUCCUUACAAUCCCUGUAGACACCCUGAUGCAACAUGCAUUCCCCUACCGUAUGCAUAUUACAACUGCACGUGUCCCACGGGUUACCGAAAAGUGGGCGAAGACGGCAACAAACGAUGUGAAGACAUCGAUGAAUGUGCCCAAACAACGAACCUAUGCAAAGUAGACCAGAAUGGAGUAAUGGUCAAUGUAACUGGUGUGAUAGGCUGUGAGAAUCGACAGGGGUACUAUAAGUGCGUGUGUGAGAAUGGCUACCGACGGCAGGACAAUACUACUUGUGUUGACAUCAACGAAUGUCAGGAGACGAAUUGGAAAAAGACACCCUCCUGUCAUCCGACUCGUUCAGUUUGCAUCAAUACUGUGGGUUCCUCAAGGUGCGAGUGCAAGAAGCCUUUCAAGGGAGACGGGAAAACUUGUUCAGAUACUCUAACAGCUCAAAACCUGACUGGCUACAGCAAAGUUGUCUACGAUGAGAAUGUCCCUAGAUUGAUUUUCACAACAUUUUCGGUUCCUGUUGGUCCAAGGAGAUUUCCCUCGUUCUACAUUUCCAAGGAUGGUGCAGUAGUCUUCACGGGCGUGCCACCUGCCGGGGGCAAACGCUGGCGACAGCAGUACAAGAACUACAUGUUACGAGACCCGUGCCCAGAUGGCAUUAACAAAGACAUGUCCUUUAAGGCGGAUAUCGCCAUCUUUGCACCGUAUUGGUCUGCCAUGACCCGGAAUACGGGGAGCGCAGAUGAUUUGGCUGGUGAAGUAUUUUACAAUGUGUAUAAUGAGCUAACUGAGGCCGAUGUCAAGCAGCAGCUGAAUCUCCAUGACCCUGGUUCAAAUACCGACAUACUGUCCCUGUUAUCCACAAGUUUUGACUACAAAGCGGGUACAGGCGCUCCGUGCAGCUCUUCAUUGGCGCCCAAGUACACGCUCAUAGACGUCCAGUGGGAGAAAGUCACCCAUUUUGACAGUGAGGGUUAUUUCCUCGAUUUCGUUGAUGGUCAGACGGUCAAAUCAAGUUUUUAUGGCGCUACAUUCCGCCUUCGCCUCCUGACCAAUUACUUGGAGACUGUCGCUAUCUACUCUUACGGCGACGGUGACAUGAUGUGGGAUUUCACAUACGACUCAAAGUACCAGCCGCUAUUCCCGGUUGCCCGUGGGUUUUAUGCCAGCGUCUCCGGCGGCGUACCAUAUAUUCAUAUGGAUGGAAGCUCAUGUCCUAACCUUGGUGAUAUCAAAAACAACGCCAACGUAACAAACAUAAAACAUAUCGACAAACGGAUAUUCAAAUUAGCUGAGGGUACGGAAUGUAUGCUGGUGUCUGAUUCGUCAAAGACUGCAUGUCAUCAUCCGGAUAUUCAGUGUAAGGCCUGGAUUACAGAGCAAGAGAACAUCUUUUCGGGGCCAAAGCAGAUCAUUCAAAGUGAUACUGAAAAGUGUCCUUGUCACAAGACGUUGCUUAAUACGGCAGAUUACACAGAAUUUUACCAAGCCGGGACUACUUCUUGUUGGAGAGAGAAGACUGCGCAUCGUGAUGCCACUGACACUGCUCCCCACAAUAUUUUAUUCUACCUACAGUGUUGCUACAUGGAAGACAUGCUUGUAACUAAUCCAUUCCUCGUCGAAGGCAGAAAUCUUUAUUUGGUUCAGAGGGAAAAUUCUCGAACUAAGAUUAUCAAUGAUUACAAGUACCUCGAAACCUUUGACUUUUGCUGCUCUAGUACCAGAAUAGAACACGGAGAAGCCAGUCAGGAACAAUGUUCUCGUUUUCUAAAAGCCCGUCCCGUGUCCAAUUGUGAUUCAUUUACGCCAAGUGGAGCCAUAAGUAAUUCGCCGCCUAGAUUCACCUCGAAUGAUAUUAUCAUACGCCUACACUACAAGAUGGUCGAAGCCAGUCUGCUGACCAUCAACGUCACAGAUCCAGAAGGUGACCCCGUGACCUUCGCAAUUGACGGUCCUGAUUGGAUGACAAUCGACAGUACUACAGGGGUCAUUUCCGUUACCCAGGUCCCAUUGAUGCCAGCUGCCAGCAUGCCCAUAAGGAUUGUUGCUACUGAUAGUAAAAAUAUGUCCUCAGUCUUGAUCCCAACAGUGACAUUUUGCUCGUGCCAGUCCUCAAUUGGUCAAUGUGAUUAUCGAAUCACAUACGUCUUGCCGUUCACUAAAGUGUCCUGUGUAUGUGAUAACAUAAGACAAGAUGGGGAGUCUUGUAAGAAGAUAUUUAGCAUGUGCAAGACGAAUAUAUGUUAUCCGUCGUCUAGUUGUUCUGAAGGAGGUACGGGAAAGGUCAAAUGUGGAACCUGUCCUAACGGCAUGAUCAAUGAGAACCUAGAUGAAUCUGGGAUGCCUUGUAUAAGGCCGGACAGGUGUGGUCGCUCCCUCCCGUGCGGGGGCUUUGCUCAAUAUAGGUACACUGCCCCAUCAUAUCGUUGUCGCUGUUCAAGCCAAGGGCCAGGGAAUUUUUACGACCAUAUUACGAGAACGUGUAAAGAUAUAGACGAAUGUAUAUCUGGUGAUGCCACGUGUAGUGAGGACAGGGGAACCGUAUGUACGAAUGAGAAAUACACCUCAGUGCAUAAGACGCAUUCGUGUGCAUGCAAGCCAGGAUUCGCCAUUACAGAGACUACAGAUCCAAAGAAGUGCGAAGACAUUGACGAAUGCACCAAAGUACCGCCCGUAUGCCCAACAAAUAGCUGGUGUUUGAACACCCCGGGAAGUUACACAUGUCAUUGUAAUCAGGGCUUCAGGAUGAACCAUGACACAAAGCAAUGUGAAGAGUUUAAUCUAUGUGAUAUUCAACACAACUGCUCCCAGGUUUGCCGAAAGGGUAACAAGGGGACGUACGGAACCUACUCUUGUAGAUGCGACAAUGCCAAUGCGUUUAGCCCGCAGAGUGAUGCUGUUACUUGCAAACCGAAAGCUCAGUAUGAAUGUGACUCCUCUGAAAAAGCCUUAUGCGAUGGUGGGAAUGCCCGGUCCAUUUGCAUCAAGGACGAUAAGAACGGCGGCAUCUCAUGUCGAUGUCCCAGGGGUUUCCAUUCAAAGAGGGAUAACAGUGGAACUUACACCUGUUCAGAUAUGGACGAGUGUCUUUCCUCACCAUGCGAUGUCCGAACAAGCGAUUGCAAGAACACUGUCGGAAGUUUCGAGUGUGUGUGUAAGACUGGCUACGAGUCAGCGCUGAGCAAGCGUUUGUGUCUAGAUAUUGACGAGUGUGCCAAGGGUACCCACAACUGUAAUGCGUCAUCUGUAUGUGUGAACAGUCCUGGAGGAUUCUAUUGCAAGUGUCCGGAUGGAUCAAAUAUGGAGGGAAAUAUAUGUGAAGAUAUAAACGAGUGCAUAUCUGAUUGGACGAACAAAUGCGACAAAGAAAAUGGCGUCUGUGAGAACAAGUCACCGGGGUACUCGUGUAAAUGCAAGGAUGGUUUUGAUGGGAAUGGCCUACUAUGUACAGGUGUCGAAACAUGUAAUAUGGAUGAAAGAAAAGCCUGCCCUCCAUAUUCCGCUUGCACGAAAAGUCCUGGAGAUUUAAAGCCAACGUGCACUUGCUACAGGGGAUAUAGGAUGAGCUUUGGAAAUUGCACCGAUAUUGACGAAUGUUCAGAACCAGGUACACCGUGCGUGAACCAACUCGCUACAUGUAGAAACCUGGUACCGGGGUUUGAAUGCAUCUGUAAGACAGGAUACACGGGCAAUGGUGUGAUUUGUGAAGAUAUCAAUGAAUGCCAAACAGGGACCCACGAGUGCGAUAAGCGGCCAGCCCAAGCAUUCGUCACCGAGCCCAGGGCCAGUUGUCACAACACCAAUGGAAGCUACGUGUGUACUUGUUACCCCGGCUUCAAACAGGGAACGGACGGGAAAACAUGCAAUGAUAUUGACGAAUGCCAACAGGGAAUACACAACUGCAGCUACGGGUGUGAGAAUACGGAAGGAUCGUAUAAGUGUACCUGCCCGAAUGGACUACUCCUUGACAGGGACAUGAGAUCUUGUUUCGUUGAUAAGCCAUGUGUUUUACGAAAAGACUGUGAGCACAUUUGUGUAAAGGUGAAUGGUCAGGAGAAGUGCCAGUGUCCGGCGGGUUUCACCAUAGCUACAGAUGACAAGUCAUGCAGAAAUAUAGACGAGUGCGUAGAAUUCCAGUCUACAAACGGGCCUUGUGAUGAUAUACAAGGAGUCUGCGAGGAUACGACAGGGUCGUUUAAAUGUUCGUGCCGGAGUCAACACCAACUCGGUCCAAAUAAUGAGUGCAAAGAUCGCGACGGCAGUUGGACCGAAUGGGCGAUCUGGUCACCAUGCUCCGGUGGGUGUCAUGGCUCCAGAACACGAAAGAGACUGUGUAUAAAUCCACGCCCAGCGGGAAAAGGGGCACCAUGCCCGGGAUCAGGCACAGAGAAAAAACCGUGUCAGAAUACGUGCACUUAUAAAUCGUACAGUUCAAAGGCGCUCCUGAUGAAAUUCGAAACUGCCGCCAAGGUUACUCCUUAUAUGUGGAGCUGUUGCAUAGCAAGUGCCCUUCGUCACACAGUCUCCGAAGCUGUCCGUAAGUGGUGCGACACCGACGUAGCAACGGGGUGUAAAAAGCCGAAUCAAAUAGCCCCGAAAAAGGAAUACAAACGAACGAUCUAUUUGGAUCCGAUCGCGGGUUUUCCUGUCUUCGGUGACAAAAAAUUGGAGGUUGGAUUUACCGUGAGUGUCAAAGGAACUUACGCCGAGUGUUUCUCAAGUACGAGUAUGGCUUCGACCGAUUCUACAAAGUCGCUCUCGUAUGAAGAGAUGUUUGGUUUACUGAACGAUGAAAAAAGCAAGAGCAAUUUAAUGACGGCGACAAUGGCAUCUCUAAAAAAUGCUCUCAAGACAAACUUUGACCUGAAGCUUACUAGCGUAGGCCGGAUCUGGACUCCUGCUACUUCACCGCUAGAUACCACGCCUGCGCCGACUACAGACGAUCCCACGAAGAAAACUGAUAACAUCCUGUAUAUUGCAAUCGGAGCUGCUGUUGGUGGAGUGGUUCUCAUCGUCAUCAUCAUUGUUUUGUCAUGCAAAUACUGUGGCAGGAAGGGAAGCAAUUCUGUGAACCCAGCAGCAAGUGCAGAUGGUAGUGAGCGGUAUGAUCGAUCCGAAAUGUCACAUGGUCCGUCCACACAAGUGUUAUCAGUCGAUGAAAAGUCAUCACCAAUGCCUCCUGAGAUGAAGGAUUGCAAAAGUUCGGGGCAAACACUGCAGGUGAUUCCGACGACUCCCCAUCCAGAGGAACAUAAUGGGUUGCCGAGAGUUGACGUCACAACUCCUGGGGGCCAUAUAGCCUUGCAGGAGAUGAACGGUAAAUAAGAACUGACAAAAAAUGUCAGUCGCGUUGUUUUGUCGGAUAGAGUACGUGUGAAAGUAUCGAAAACGUGAGUGAAGAACGCCCGUACGUUAACCUUGCUCAGUAAAGUCAGAGUCUUUCAAAGACUGGUAAAGUGAAAGAACUUAUACUGAGCGGAACCUUUGUUUUGAUUACGAUUCUAAGGAACGGCCGGGAGGGAGCUGUUGGCAGACGAAAACUGCCAGAAAGAUGUAGAGGAUGUAAAGGGCGAUAUUAUUUUCGUAUGCACAGAAAUGUUCGAAAAUGCCUUAAGGUAGUAGACUUUUGAAUAAGAACAAAACCAUAACAUUUAUGGAACUGGCGUUGUCUUGGAAAUCUGUUUUGGUGAUUCCGUCCUAGGUAUGGAGGUUGAGAUCAGGGACAUAUCACGGAUCCUUAUACGUGUACGGAUAGAAUUGUACAAUAAUUUCGUCCUCUUUCUACGGAGUUUUAUCCGCAUUACGUAAACUUGCUGCUUUCAACUUCUCCCUAUUAAAACGCUGGCGCACCAGCAUGUGAUAAUAUAGACCAAUACGUUCCACACACUUGUUGUCAAAAGCCGUCCAUUCAGAUUCAAAUCUGUUACUCUUAUGAAAAUAUAGCACUAUCUCAUCGAGUUUUUUUCCCAUUGGAUAAAGCCUUGUUGUUGAGGAAAAUAGAACACAAUAGUUACAUGUACGUAACAAUUCGUCGCAAGCUAAAACAGCGUUUACGAGAGCUUUGGGCGAGUCGUAGUGGCACUGGUAGAGCUUGCGAAAGGUUACUCUCUUUGACCUUACUCACUAUCAGAUUGGUUUCUUGGUUUCAAUUCUUUCUCGGAUCAAAAUCGGAACCAUUAUAUCAUCAGUUCAGUUUGUGUCUUCCUCAAAAUCCCUUCAAGUUGAAUAGUCAAAUAUUAACACGCUCUUCCUGUCAGAACUGUUAUGCAUAAAUAAUACUUGUUCGUGUAUGUCUGUCUAUAAUGUCAAUAAAGAUUUUAUACGUGUUGUUAA